GCGUUUCUAUGCCAAUUGGUCUACCCACUGUCAACUGGGACUCUGCCAGGAUCAAUCGCGAGAUCAUGGUGAUUGUGUUUCGGGAAAUCCUUGGUUACAAUGCAGAAAUCACUCGGACAAUUGGCGGCUCCGAUAAGGCCUUCCUGGCAGUCGCCGGCUGCCAAGACAUAGAUGCACUCAGCAUGGAGGACAGAAAAUGUAGUCUUCCCGGUGUCCCUUUCGAAGAUCACGUGACGAUGGAGGUCUGGAGCGCCACCGCCGAUGCCAUGGUCACCUUGCUCUCCAGCUGUUGCCCAGCAAUCGCUCCGAAGCAGGCAGGGGUCCUGUCGUAUCGUGGCACCGAAAACGAGUUCGUCUUCCCACACUCCUACACUCCAGCCAUGGACGAUUCCCUUUCGCUGACAUAUUACAAGACCUGGAAUGCUAGCUGGCUGAGCGAUCCCUCUCCGUAUUUCAGCCUGCUCUCCGACUUCGAUGACUCAGAAAUUCUGAGCUGCGACAGCAACUCUGCCCUGGCUUCAGAAGAAUUGAUCAACGAUUUCGUCAUGGCAACGGGCUGGCAG